AUGAGAAACUUGCUGGGAGGCCAAGGUAGUAGGCUACAAUAUACCUCAUCGCCUCCAACAGUGGACGUACAGAUCAAUAUGGUUGGAACGUGGCACGAACACGCGGCGUGCGCAGCGUGGUUUUUGCUGCGUGCAUGCUUUAAUCGCAGAAUCAGCGGUGUGGUUGAGGUAGCGGAUAGCCAAACGUCGGCCGACCUCCAUGGGAAAAUUGAAAGAUGGUUCGAAAAUCAUCCUCUGGUUUUAACAGCCAUCUCCCUCAACCUCGACGAGAUGACGAGAAUCAUGUUGUGGAAGCUGGACCCAAUAUCCGAAACAGCAAGGGUCCGCUUUUGCAUUGACUUCUCGCCAGAGGACAAGGAUUGGGAAAUUGUCAGCCAGGCAUGGUCACUUGAUUUCUUCAUUGACAUCUGCAGGGAGGAAACAUCAAAAUGGAUUAGUAGGCUAGAAAAGACAGGGGGAACAGCCAGGUUGGUGGGUAAUGAGUUGCCACUACCUUUCUUUGAAGAGGAUGGUAUGGACUUGAGUACCAUGUUUCCCCUCAACAAAUAG